GUACUCAGGGUAGGAACUUGUCAGACGAGAGGUGGAGUUACUACAGCGGGAGCCAAAGCACCGGUGUUUGACAGAGAUGGAAAGAGAGAUGGAUGAUGAAGAGGAUUGUCCUGAAUUGAUUCCCAUAAAGGAGCCAGCAAUAAAGGAUAAUGUGGAAGACAUUCAAUCUAGUAACAACUUUAAGAUUCCCGUUACUAUCAUCUCAGGAUAUUUAGGUGCAGGAAAAACUACUCUUCUUAAUUACAUUUUGACUGAACAACAUAGCAAGAGAAUAGCAGUUAUUUUAAAUGAAUUUGGUGAAGGUAGUGCAUUGGAAAAAUCCUUGGCUAUAAGUCAAGGUGGAGAACUCUAUGAAGAAUGGCUGGAGCUCAGAAAUGGCUGUCUUUGCUGCUCAGUAAAAGACAAUGGUUUGAAAGCAAUUGAAAAUUUGAUGCAGAAGAAAGGGAAGUUUGAUUACAUUUUGCUAGAGACAACCGGAUUGGCAGAUCCAGGUUCUGUGGCCUCCAUGUUUUGGGUUGAUGCUGAAUUGGGAAGUGACAUUUAUCUUGAUGGUAUAAUAUCUGUUGUUGAUGCAAAGCAUGGGCUACAGCACCUAAAAGAAGAAAAACCCUCAGGCCUUAUUAAUGAAGCUGCUAGGCAAGUGGCUUUAGCAGAUCUUAUCAUUAUCAAUAAGGUAGACUUGGUUUCACAGGCUGAACUGAUGAAAUUAAGAACAGCUGUCUGCGCAAUAAAUGGAGUUGCCAACAUUUUAGAAACUCAGCGCUCAAGAGUUGAUCUCUCUAAUGUGUUAGACCUGCAUGCUUUUGACGGUGUAUCUGGAAAAAGUUUGCAGCAGAAACUUCAGCUUGAAGAAGAACCUCGUGCACAUCUAGAUAAGAGUAUUGUUACAUCCACUUUUGAAGUGCUAGGAAGUGCAACCGAAGAAGACCUAAAUGUGUUUAUUCAAAAUCUGUUGUGGGAGAAAAAUGUAAAAGACAAGAAAGGUAACCCCAUGGAAGUAAUAAGACUAAAGGGAUUGGUGUCCAUCAAAGAUAAAUCUCAUCAGGUGAUAGUUCAGGGUGUUUAUGAGCUCUAUGAUCUAGAGGAAACAACUGUGAAAUGGAAAGAGGAUGAACGAAUUAAUCGAUUGGUCUUAAUAGGAAGGAACCUGGAUAAUGAUAUCCUUAAAGCACUCUUUAUAGCAACUGUGACCAAAAGAGAAGAAAAUAGUUGAUACCAGCUUCAGAGGAAAAGUGCUUUGUAACCCUGCAUUUUUUUACCAAGGGAUUAUUAAAAUAUUUUGGGUCUAUUUUUCUUUUUUAAUAGUUGGGUCUUAUAAAACUAUUGCCCAUAUAUAGAAUAUCAAGUCUGAAUUUAUCUAGAAUUAGCAAUUAAUAAAGAAAAUAUGUGUGUGUCCUUGAAA